AUGACGAUUAAGGAAGUUUUUGUCUUUGUUGCCUGCUUUGCUAUGCUGUGUGGAUUUGGUGACUCUGUUGAUAUUCAAUGCGAAUAUGGAACUAGUUUCUAUCAUGCUGUUGGUUAUGUUUAUGAAUGCGUUCUCCAAAACACUCUCAACAUAAAAUCAAGAGAAUCAGCUGUGAUUAAUUCGGUGAAUGGAAGUCAUUCAAGUGGCAAGACCAGUGCUGAUGUGACUGGGUUUUGGUCAUGGGAUUCCACUCGUGUCAUCGAAUAUUUCCCGCGUAAUUUGGACAAUAUUUUCACAAAUCUCAAAAUGAUUGUGAUCCAAUAUGGUCGACUGAAGGAAAUUCAGCAAAGUGAUUUGAGGCCUUUUACAAAGUUGGUGUAUCUUAACUUGUAUCAAAAUGACAUUGAAUUUCUUGAGGACGGAUUGUUUGCUUAUAAUCCAGAAUUGGAAUUUGUUAACUUUGUUUCCAAUAAAAUAAUUCACAUUGGCUCUCAAGUUUUUGACAAUUUAAAUAAAUUGACUUGGUUGUACCUUCAUAAAAACACAUGCAUCAACAUGGAUGCUGAAAACAAUCAAACAGCAUUGAAAGAAGUCAUCAGUCAAGCAAAAGUAAAAUGUUACAACAGCGAAUACUUAAUAAUUGACAACGAGCUAGCAAUGAUCGAGGAUAAACUAUUUUGUGCAAACUCUGAGGCACUUCCAGUUCUCACACAACACCUCAAAGAUCUUCAAACCCAAUACGAAAAGUCAAAUUUCUCAAAGUCUUGGUCAUUAAAAGAAAGAUUCGAAGCUUUAAAUACGUUCAAAAUCCAAAAUCGUGGUUCAGUUGGGAAAAAAAUGAUGACAAAGCUUGAGAAGAUCCAGGAUGACAUCAGCAUGACAUCAACAAUGCAAAAGAUCAUCCCAGCAAUAUCAACAACUGACAAUUCUAUGAAGUUAGUCAUCAUCAUUUCAUGUUCAAUCAUGUUCCUGAUCAAUAUUGUUCUUAUUGUCAUCUACCAUAAGAUUAAGACAGAAUAAUGGAUCUUAUGAUGACUCAGCAUACACAAAAGUCGGACCAUAACCGCAAUAUUACAAUUUAUCAUCAACAUAUUCAUAUUUAAUAUUUUAUUUACAUUUAUUUUAUUCAAAUAUUUAUUUAUUAUCAAGUUGCACUGUAGACACUGGCUUUCAUAUUAAUCAUAUCUCCUCGCAAUAUAUCCAUCAUAUUGCUAUGCAUCUGUGAUUCAUCCAGACCAUAUAGUCAUCCCUACAUCAUUGUGGAUCAUAUAAUCAGUCAUAUUGCCACAUCAACACUACAAAGGAAUGAAAGAUGCCAAAAACAACCCUUUUAAGCAGUUUUUCUCAAACUUUUUUGAUUCAUGGCACAUUUUCCAUCAAGUGUGCCGCAGCACAAAAUUUGAGAACCACUGUUUUUAAGCUUAAUAAGACACAAUCACAAAAUAAUCAACAGUUUGGUCUAUGGUGCAAUUAUAUCAUAUUCACAAUAUAUUUAUGUACUUUCCCAAAUAAUCAAAAAUAAAUAAUAAAAAUAAUUCCCAACUCCC